CAGGUAAGGGAUCUUGUUCACGCUAUUUCUGUCCCUGAGUCUUGGAAAGCCCCUAGAAAUUUCGCACGUCUGCCUAAAACACCCCAGUCGAUCGAUUGGCAGAGAAUACUCAGUUCAUGAGAUUGGGCGCAUGCCAUGGUGUAUAUGCGUCUGCGAAGCAGAAUAUGGCUUGAUUCUAGUCGUGGCGAUCUGAGAGCCGCCACUCGCUCCUGCUUGCUCCAAAAUGAAGCAAGAUUUCAGAUCCGUUCAUUUGUUACGUCUCCGAAAAGAAAACGAACAAUUUUCCCUUUGAAGGUCUGCUCAAAGAACGUAUCAUCAAGAAGAACAUUGUGCAUUAACAGCAUCACUAUGCGGACGCGUGCACCAACCCCGUCAGCAUGGAGGCUUUGGCAUCCCCUCAAUGGCGUGAGUUUCGCGUCUUCUCACACACCAGAGUCGCCCUCGCAAAAUCGACCACAGCCGUUGUAUCCGGAUCUCUCCGGCUAUCGCUCAAUAUACAGCAAUAGUGCAUCUUAUUCAACCGAGCUUGUGUCUACCUCCAAGGCAUUGCAGUGCGAGGGAGAGGUCACGAAACAGGAGAGCGGCUCUUUGGUUACUGCGCCAGCUGUCGUCCACCCUUCCUCGACAGAUACAUGUCUGCCAGUACUCCGACAAGACGUCAAAGAUGUGCAACAGGAGGCCGAGGCUGUCGAGGGUGCUGAAUCAGGGGCGGAUCUGCCACCAUCCACAACCCUAGACUUCAAGAUAGACGUCGCCCUGUUCGGCGCAGCGAAGCAAGCCCAUAAAGGCUCAAUGGGCUCAUACUGGGCAUACACUCUCUACCGUGGACCCCAAGGCGAGAAGGUCAAGGUCCAUUACUGCAAGACUAACCACGCCACAGAGCGGGUGUGCCAGUACUUCAUGGACGAAAAGGUAAUCGGGUUUGAUCUUGAAUGGGUUGCCGAUGCCAGGAAGUCAUUUGGAACGCGGAAGAACGUGUGUCUUGUGCAACUGGCCAGCCAAAGCCGUGUCGCCUUGUUCCACCUUGCAGUCUACCCGAAAGACGACUCGUUAGUGGCACCAUCGCUCAAGCUGCUGUUGGAAGAUUCUGGCAUAUCCAAGGUUGGUGUCAACAUCAAGGCCGACUGUACGCGACUGCGCACCUGGCUAGGUAUCAACCCUAAAGGUGUCUUUGAGCUUAGCCACCUCUACAAACUGGUCAAAUACUCGGCAAGCGGCGAGACACACUUGAUCAACAGGCGCGCCGUGGCGUUGGCUGAACAAGUGGAGGCUGUUCUUGGGCUCCCAAUGUUUAAAGGCCAUGAAGUUCGUUCAAGUGACUGGUCCAAACCAUUGAAGAUGGAACAGAUCAUUUAUUCUUCGUCAGAUGCCUAUGCUGGACCUCAGAUAUAUAAUAUUCUAGAACAGCAACGUGAGGCUCUCGAUCCAACACCACCUCGACCAUACCACGCGGAGCUUGGCCUUCCCAUAAGACUGGCAAAUGGACAGGCAGCUGCCCCUGUGGAGGAAGGUGCAGAAGAUGCGGAAGUUGAGAACAUUGAGGAAGCGUCCUAUAUAUCACCAGAGGAGGAGCUUAUAAAGUCGAUAUCCGAGACAAUCAUGUUCGAGACCAAUCUUGAUGAAUCAGCACCUAAAACCUCUCGGGGCUCGCGUCCUACAUCACGACAGAGAGAAGAUCUGGCCAAGCCUGCAAAAGAUGAUAGAAUUGUUGCAGCUGAAGCCUGGUUGGCCGAGUAUCGCGCAAGUUGCAAAACUCCACCGAGAGUUACUGGAGCCGCCCUCCGAGCUUACCGAAUCUGGAGCCAGAACAAGGACCUCAAUCCUUCCGCUGUAGCCUCACUCCUCAGAAAUCCUCCGCUGCAAACGAACACCGUUUACACCUAUAUUCUCGACGCCAUCAAGAAGGAAAAGCUGCCUUAUGAGAAUGAGCGACUGCGUGACGAGGUGCUUGCUGAAGUUCCUUCCUGGACUCUUUCAUCGAGAUAUGCCGCAUUGGAACAGCAGAUGAGGAUCACGGAGGCUUCUUCUACUGAUUAAGAUUAUGGCUCGCAACACAAGUUUCUACAAGCCAAAAAAGGUAUUUGGCAACUGUUGAUACAGUUACAUUCAGUUGCAAACAUAUCAUGAUAAAAUGUUACGACGUAUGACAAGCAGCUUACACGAUGCACUGCUUCUUCUUGCAAGCUAUGGCACAGGAUCACCAUGCGUAUCAUCUUGCAUUAUCUUAUAUAAACAAUCACAACUACCGCAAUAUGUCGGUCUUGUUCGUAUACUUAUGA